GAACUAACAGCUGUUUGACAUGAAAUGCGCAAAAACCUCACAAAACAUUGUGAAACUUUUUGAAAAACAUUAUAAAAUCAAUUAAAAACCAUGUCGAAGAUAUUUACACCUACGAAUCAAAUAAAACUGACAAAUGUCGCCGUUGUACGCAUCAAAAAAUGCGGACGACGCUUUGAAAUUGCCUGUUACAAGAACAAAGUUGUCUCGUGGCGCAAUCAGGUCGAGAAGGAUAUAGAUGAAGUCCUACAAACCCACACGGUCUUCCUCAACGUCUCCAAGGGCCAGGUCGCGAAAAAAGAAGACCUACUCAAAGCAUUUGGCAAAGACGACCAAACUGAAAUCUGCAAAGAGAUUUUAACGAAAGGUGAACUCCAAGUGUCUGAUAAAGAACGCUCAUCACAGCUAGACGCGUUAUUUAAAGACAUAGCAACGACUGUUGCGGAUAAAUGCGUAAAUCCCGAGAUAAAACGUCCUUAUCCAGUCACAACCAUUGAGAAAGCAAUGAAAGAUAUUCACUACUCAGUGAAACCUAAUCAAAGUGCAAAACAACAAGCACUGGUUGUGAUAAAGAUGUUAAAAGAGAGUAUACCGAUAGAACGGGCACAAAUGCGGCUACAGGUUGUCUUCACAGGCAAAGAUACGAAAAAAUGGAAAGAAAAACUGACAAAAAUCCAAAGCAUUGAAGUAGAGAAAGAAGAAAGGAAUGAAGAUCAAUUAAGUAUUGUAUUUCUAGUUGAUCCUGGUUUUUAUAAAGCUGUAGAUGAUUUGCGCAUGGAAACAAAAGGCGCGGCGAUGUUAGAAAUCAUGUCUUACAAAGAGAUGGUUCUAGGUGAAGAAUUUUUGUAGUUAAACAAUAAAUUAAUCCCGAUAUUGCACGUUUAUCUAA